AUGUGUGCGAGCUGUCUACUUGGAACGCUCACGGGUUUUUCAUAUUCUGUAGACCGGGCUGUCAGAUGUCAUCUGCACUGCCUAAAAAAGAAGAGCGGGAAUCUUUCGGGUAUAGGGCUGAGGAGGGAUGACGGCCAAAAUAAUCGUACUUUCUGUAACUGCAGACCAUGGCCACUUGAGGCGGAAUCGGAGGUCCGAGCAGCAAAGGACGAAGUGGCCCAGCACAAAAAGCGAUGUGGAGAGCUCGAGGCUCACGUGCUUGCUUUGGAUGCGGCUGCAGCCAACAAUGCCGCGCAGCUCCGAGCUGCGCAGGAGGAAUGCGGGCAGCUUACGGAGAGUUUGGCUUCUGCGGAGGCCUUGGCGUCCGACAAGCUCGAGCAACAUGUGGCAACAGCGGAGGCCGCCGCUGCCGAAAGCCAAGAUGAGCUUCGCAAGGUUCAGAGCGAGUGUGAGGAGCACUGCCAGCAACUCGAGAGCCGUUUGGCCAAGGAUCCGCCGGGAAGUGGGGAGAAGUGGCAGGCCUUGCUGAUCGAGAAGUCGAAGUACGAGGAGCGAUGUACACAGCUCACGCAGCAACUUGCCAAGGCGGAGACAAAGCUGGAUCAGAUGGGCAAGUGCCAGGUAGAGGUCGCCACCUACAAGGAGCGCUGCCGUCAGCUGGAGCGGGCAUCGCACAUGACCGGCGGAUUUCCUGCAUAUCCCACUUUCAUCCGCCGCGACCCAGCCUUCAGCGCAGAAGCCUCCAUCAGCCCCAGGUCAAACUCCUCCGACUUGUUGGGCUUCGUCCUGGUCGAGACCGCCUCGUCUGUGCUGAGCAGUUCGUCCUGGUUCUCGGUCCAUCCGCACGACUGCUUCAUGCUGGACUCCAUCUUCAAGACCCGCAGCUACGGCGUCGACUUCUUCUUGAUGGGCAGGGACCUUGAGAAGGGCUCAAAGGUGGUGGCCGGUGAUGACGAGACCAUCUUGGAGGUCACCAAGAAGGAGAUCUGCAAGGCCACCGACAUUGUCCGCUUGCGGGCCGGGGACGCCACGUUGCAGAUAACCCGGGACCAUCCGGUGCAGGUCCCUGACCUGAAAGACGUGCAGGAGGUAGUGGCCGAAAUCCUGGAUGCAACGGAGGGAGAGGGCGUCGCGCAGUACGUUGCGGCUGGCACCUUGAAGGAGGGCGACAUCGUUGUACUCGACUCAGGUGAGCCCAUGGCCCUCACAAGCGUGGAGUCCUGGUCCGCGGACUGCGAGGUGCUGAAGAUCGUCUUUGAGCCUGACCUUCCGGUGGCCGUCUUCUCCUGCCCGCCCUGCAUCCUCAGCAAGGGCCACAAGAAGCUGCCCAAACGCCGUGGACGCAUGUGCCAGCGGGGCAAAGGAGCACCCGACAUCACCUCAGACGCAGCCUCCGUUCCGGUGACUCUGGGCGAGUACGUGGACUGA